CUUUCAAACCCUAACACGUAUUCACUCCUUAUUAGAACAACCAAAUCUCCAUACUAUUCAAAACAAAACAAAACAAAACAAAAUUUUAUGGUUUUUUUAUAUGUUAUGGAGACGAGAUCUGCCAAGAGGAAGAAGCUUCUAGAUCAUGUAGAUGAUAAUGAAUCAGGCGAAGAUUAUUUAACAGAUCUUCCUGAUGCGAUUUUGCAUUACAUUCUUUUUCUUCUGCCGAUUAAAAAUAUUGCGCAAACGUGCGUUUUAUCGAAACGGUGGAGACAUAUUUGGUAUUCUUUUCCGGAUCUUGAUUUCACCACCGUCAGGCAGAAGGAAGGAAUGAAAUUUAUAAACGAUGUUCUCUCGAUACGAGAGAAGCAGCAUUGCUGUUCGGAUAUUCGGGUGCUUCGAGUAGGCGGUAGCUUCGUGUGUUCGCAGCUGAAUAGUUUGAUACGGCGCGCGGUUAAGUCGUGCAAUGUGCAGCAUCUUGAGAUUGACGUUGUGACCAAUGAGUGUUUUAACUUGCCACGGAGCGUGGCGAGGAGUGAUUCGUUAAGGAUUCUGAAGAUGAAAUUGUUAGGACAGGGGUUUAGAUUGAGUAUUGUGAGAGAUGGUUUUCAAACGUUGGAAACCUUGUCUUUGUCGAAUGUGGUUUUUAAUGAGCAUCCGAAUGUCGUUAUGGAUCCUCUGUCAUUUCCGUCACUUAGGAAGUUGAGUAUGGAAAAGUGCAGAGGUUUGAGGCAUUUGAGAGUUUACUGUCAGACACUUGUGAAGUUUAGUUUAUCCGAAUGUUCAGAACUAGACAAUCUUGAGAUUAGUUGCGCGAAAUUGGAGAAAUUGAGCGUGUCUAGAUGCUUUAAUUCUGCAAGUAGCCGUAGUUCGGUUAAGAUUGACGCUCUGAAGCUGGACAGAAUCAUGUGGAAAGGCAAUGCUAUUACGGACCACAGUUCGUUACACAACUUACGAUCCUUGCAAAAGGCUUCUGUUUGUUUUGAGAGUGUGACAGCAGCACAUCUCACGAGUAUGUCCAAAUUUUUCAUUGGACUCUCUCAAUCCAAGUGCCUGAAACUCGAAACACCCUGUUUUGAGCUUCUGUCGAAGAACAAACACUUUGCAGGGGUAAUAUAUGAAGCUUUCGUCAAUCUCAAAUCGCUGGAACUUCAUACGAGCAAAAUUCAAGAAUUAGCAAGCCUGUUUCGAUCUUCCCUGUCUUUGCACAAACUUAUUAUUAGUAUCACUAGUGACUCAAAGGUCCACAAGAGUAUCGCGAGCACUCAGUCGGACAGGAACUUGUCUAGUAGCUCUAGCGACGAACGAUACUGGAAAUCGCAAAGUCAAGCCUCUAAACCAUUUCUGCAUGAGCUAAAAAGUGUCACGCUCCAUGGAAUUUCAGAGAGCGAAAGAGAAUUUAGUCUAGUAAAAUUUCUACUAGGGAAUACUCGGGUUUUGCAAGAGAUGGUCAUUAGCUGUGCAGCAGGGAGAGGCUGUCGUCGGCUUGAGAGAAUCGAAUCAAGGGUUAUGCAAUUUUAUCGAGCUUCUUUCGAUGCAAAAAUUGUAUUUCAUUAG